AUUAAAUGAUAGCUUAUCGUAAUGGAAUCUAUUAAGGAUCUUUAGAAAAUGGUAUAAAAGAUGGAAUAGGAAUAUUUUGGUGGCCUUAAGGUGCAAUUUAUAUAGGUGAAUGGCAUAAGGAUAUGAUUCAUGGGGAAGGAAUAAUAAUGAUAAAUGAUAAUGUUAUAAGGGCUUAGUUUAAGAAUAAUAAAUUUCAUGGUUUAUGUGUUAAUUAUACGUAUGAAUAUAAGAAUAAAUUAAAUAGUUAGAGUGAGUUUUAUAGAUUUGAAUAUGGGUAAUUAAAUGGAAAAUGUUUGAGAGGAUAAACAAUUUCAAUUUAUAGAAGAGGUGAAUUGAUUGGUAUUGAAAAUAACAUAGAUUCGAUUGAUUUAUUACUAGGUAAUACUAAAUUAAAUUAAAUAGAUGAAUAUUAAAAUAGGUUACUUGAUUUAGAUGAGAUAUUAGAUAGAAAUAAAUGUACAUCAAUAGGUAUUACAGAAACUCAUCUUGGUAAAAUGAAAAGAGGAAAACCAUUUGGAUUAGGAAUUGAAAAUAUGUUUACUUCAGAUAAAAGAAUAGGGAUUUUUAAUGAUUAAUAUAUUUCAAAUAUUGGAUAGAUAUGGAAAAAUGGAGAUAUUUAUACAGGUAGUAUUUAGGAAAAUAAAUUUCAUGGAAUGGGAACUUAUUUUAUAUCUGUAUAAAUAAUAAUAAUUCUAGGCUGAACUUAAAAUGAUUCAAGGUAUUUUCGAUAAAGGAAAAUGUGUAGAAAUCUUAAAAACCUAAUAUGGAGAUUUAGAAACAUAUAAAUUAUUGGCAGAAUAAACAUUUUAAGCUGUCUAAACGAAUACAAUUUAAUCUAGAGUAACUAUUCCUUUUCUUUAAUUUUGUUAAUUUGAAAUUCUUCACACUUAAACUUCAAAUAGUAUUUCAUAAAUUCCUACUUAAAUGUAAGAAAAAGAUUAGACACUUUUAGAUGUUGAUUUAGAUAUUCAAAAAGAGUUAGAAAAAAUAUCUAAGUAAGAUUUAUUUUAAUUAGUGAUUAAUAAACAAUAGAAGCAAAAAAGGCUCUCUAUGAAAUAGUUAAUAAAAAUUAUACAAAAGAGAAAUGUGUGCCUAUUUUAUAACUCGAUUAAAUCUAAACAUUUCCUAAUAACCCAGCUGAUCCAUAUUUUUAUGAUGAAGAUGAAAUCGAAAAUUUACACACAAGUUACUAAAGUAAAUAAAUAUCAGGACACACAUAAAAAACUGAAUACUAUCAUCUUUCAGAUUCAAAAUAGAAUUCAGAUCAUCAAUGUUAAAGAUUGCCUCUUUAGAUUUUAAAGAAUUAGGAAAUAAAAAAUCUUAACAAUGAACCUUAAAAAUAUAUUAAAGUGAUGACUAUUAGUGCAAGAUCUGAUCCUUACUCAUAAGUUCUAAGUACAACAAGAAGAUCUCUUUAUAAUCAAUGA